AUGCAUAAAGUCACUAGACUCAUGGCUGGGCUCUCAGCCCUUUUGCCUGCACUCGCAACGCCUACAGGACACGCUAAGAACUGUGUUCAACUCCAAGUUCCCGUGACGGCUUCAGCCAACAACACCCGUUACAACUCCGUCAAAGUCGAAAGCAACAUCGACCUCGUAGACUUUGUCUGGGACACUUCGACUUGGUCGCACGCCAACAGGAGCACUGAACUCCAUCCCGUCCACGGGACUUAUUCUAUCAGCGCUCAACUCUGCAUUCCCACCGAUGGAGAAAAGUCGGAUAUCUUGCAGAUCGCCACCCAUGGUCUUGGUUUCGACAAGCGAUACUGGGACCCUGAACUCAAGCCUCAGGAGUAUUCCUAUGUUGACGCGGCUCUGGCGAGGGGCUACUCCGUCCUUACGUACGAUCGUCUCGGAACUGGCAAAUCCACCAAGGCCGACGGAUAUAACGACGUCCAGCUUGGACUACAAGUCGCAAUCCUGAAAGAACUCACUGUUCUUGCUAGAGAUGGAAACCUUCUCAAAUCAUCCAAGGUUACCGGCAAACGUCCCCAGAAGGCUUUUUACGAUUACAAGCCCAAGAAGGUCGUUCACAUAGGACAUUCUUUUGGUUCCGCCACGACAAGUGGUCUUCUAUCACUCCAUGGGAAUCUCAGCGACGGUGCUAUCCUGACUGGCUUCCUUCCCAAUAACCAAAGUGGCAAGGUUGGGGCUAACACCUUCGGCUUUGAGUUUGCGCGACAGCAUGACCCGAAGCGCUUCAGCGAUCGUCCUGCUGGAUAUGCCGUGCAGGCAAGUCUGAGCAGCAUCCAGCAAAUCUUCCUCAAGAAGGGAUCCUUCGAGGUCGAGGCCCUUGAGUAUGCUGAGAAGAUUAAGCAGACGGGCACAGUUGGAGAAUUGUCCUCUGGGCUGGUUGGACAGCCUGCCACUGAAUUCAAGGGUCCCCUCCAGUACUUCAUCGGCGAGAAUGACUACCCAUUUUGCGAUGGUGAUUGCAACAACACCUAUGAUAUGGAUAUGCUUAUGAGUCUUAAUCCCGCAGCGUCUCAUAUCGGAGUACACUUGCAGCCCAGUACAGGUCAUGGUCUCACUCUUUCGACUAAUGCCACAGCGGGUUAUGAAGUCAUGCUAGCCUACUUAGGCUCUUACGGUCUUUAA